CCCAAACUGGCAACACAGAAGGAGCCACUCUGCUGUCGUCACUCAGUCGGGAGGAAAAUGGCGACCGCCUAUGAAAGAUACAAUUUGCACACAACCCCUGAGAAGUUCUUCAUCGAGGCGUGUGAUGAGGGCGCCGACGCCGUCCUGGUCAUUGACCGGGUUUCCAACGAGAUGACCCUCACAGGUAGGCAGGAUGUCCCUCCGUCUGCCGUCACCAGACCCAUUUGUGGGAUCAUGGGAACUAUUCGCCUGGUUGCAGGGAUGUACCUGAUCGUCAUCACCAGGAAGAGGAAUGUAGGCAACCUCCUGGGCCACUCUGUGUGGAAGGCUGUGGACUUUGAUGUGAUCUCCUAUAAGAAGACGGUGCUCCAUCUGUCAGAGAUACAGUCUCAGGAGAAUAAGACCUUCCUGGCGAUGAUUAACAACGUGCUGACUACAGACGGCUUCUACUUCUGCACUGACUUCGAUCUAACGCACACGCUGCAGCGCCUGGCAAACACCAGCCCUGACUUCCAAGAGAUGAGUCUGCUGGAGAGGGCAGAUCAGAGGUUCGUCUGGAACGGUAACCUUUUGAGGGAGCUGGCCGGCCAGCCUGAGCUGCACAGGUUUGCACUGCCUGUUAUCCAUGGAUUCAUCGUCAUGAAGCCGUGCCGCAUAAAUGGGAAGAUCUUUGAGUGGAUCCUCAUCUCCAGGAGAAGCUGCUUCCGCGCUGGCGUCAGAUAUUAUGUCAGAGGCAUCGACUCUGAAGGCCAUGCUGCUAACUUUGUGGAGACUGAGCAGAUAGUUUUGUAUGAAGGAGCCAAGGCUUCAUUUGUGCAGACACGAGGUUCUAUGCCGUUCUACUGGAGCCAGAGACCCAACCUGAAGUACAAACCCAAACCAGUGAUCAGCAAAACCAUGAACCACAUGGAUGGUUUCCAGAGACACUUUGACUCUCAGCUGCUGAUCUAUGGAAAGCAAACUGUGUUGAACCUGGUGAAUCAAAAAGGCUCAGAGAAGCCGCUAGAAGAGGAGUUUGCCAAGAUGUCCUCCGGUCUAAACAACGGUUUGCUUAAGUAAACUUGGUUCCUCCCUACGGCCUUAGCGGGGGUGUCGGCACAGACCUGUGUUCUCUUGUUUCCACAGAGGAUGGGAGUCCUGAAUGUGGGUCAGCGCAUCGAAGAGCAGGCCGAGUUUGAAAAAGUCUACAAAAACGCAUGGGCUGACAAUGCUAAUGCAUGCGCUGUGCAGUAUGCAGGAACCGGAGCCUUAAAAACAGACUUUACCAGGACGGGGAAGAGGACCAGGUGGGGGCUGCUGAUGGACGGCUGGAACUCUAUGAUCCGCUACUACAAGAAUAACUUCUCAGAUGGAUUCAGACAGGAUGCCAUUGACCUUUUCCUGGGGAACUUUUCUGUUGACGAGUCCGAUGGGCCCACUCCUCUCCGUAUGAAGAAGGACUGGAAGUUCCUAACGCUUCCCAUCGUCAUGCUGGUUGCGUUUUCCAUGUGCAUCGUUUCGCUCCUUCUGGCCGGUGACACGUGGACAGAGACCCUGGCUUAUUUCAUGUUCUGGGGCAGCGCCAGUGCAAUCACAGCAACCAUCAUCCUGUUUAACGGCCAGGACUUUGUGGACGCCCCAAAGUUGGUUCACAAGGAGAAGAUGGACUGAGUGCGUGGAGCCGCUGUGUGACAGCCGCUCCUCUACCGUAGCUUCAGAUCUGAUCUAACUGCGUGGCGAUUUCUGGACUUUUGUUUUUCUAAUGUUUGUCUGCAGCAAAGUCAACCUUCAGAUGUUUGUCUAUAACCUUGUAUUGAUCUGUAUGUUCCCGCAGCUGUAUCAGUCAGUCUGUAUUACGGUUUCACAAGAAGGUUUUCAUCGUCUCUGUUGACCAAAAAAUACUUCUUACUGUCUGUUUCCAUUGGAGUUGUCUUUGUGUUGUUGGUUUGCUGCAUACC